AUGUUCACACCUCUGGGUUUACUCGACGGCGUUCCCUGCCCCCAGGCUACGCAAUGCAUGCUCAUAACUUGCCUAUUCUCUCACAAGGGACAAAUUUUCGAUCCACCUGUAGCUGAAAAAUGUGCUUCAAGCUCGAUCGACAACGAGCGUGCUUCCAAGAGGCUCAAGGUUGAAAGCACCACUCCAUCAUCAGGCUCGAAAUCAAUCACAUCUACUCAUGUUCCGGUUCGAGAGCAUCCAAAACAACCCCCAGUGGCUGUUCUUGGAUCGAAACAGCAAUCUCAAAGUGCCAGCUCGAAUAUUUCGAAGUUGACAUCGGUUUCUCGGGAAGUCUCUCCUCCGCCAGGGCGCGCGGAUAGCAAAGCUAAAAGCCAAGAAACUGCAGCGAAGGCCAUAGCCAAUUCAAAGCCCACGCCGCCGCAGCUUCCCCCUCGAAGGGUGCCAAAAGAAAGCCUCAACCCUCGAAUGCUGCCCAAAGCUCCAGCCAGUCAUGCUGUCCGGUCAGCCAUCCUAUCCAAACUGCAUUCUGGCAUGUCAGCGCUCAAUGAGAAGCUUGCUAAAGACAAGGACCCUUCAAACAAAUGCUUUGUCCUCAGCAAAGACGAACUUGUGACAAUGGCCCUGGACGAAGAAGAAACAGUAGCCAAGGAUAGCCCUGGGGUUUACUCCAAUGUCAUCAAGCUUCGAAUAGUAAAAUUGACGAAAAUGGGGAAGGAAGAAUGGACGAAAGAGGUCAUGGCGCAUCUUAAUUCUCGGUACUACCAAAUUCACCCCGUCCAACAAAAUGUCAAGUCAUCGAAGCCUAUCAACACGGGUCUCACGAGGAAGGAAGAGACUGUUCUUGCAGCUGCACUUGUCACGCCAUUGGCUGGCCUUGAAGAGUUUGGCUAUGUCACCAAAGCACCUACUAAGGCAGAGAUCGAAUCUGCCAGGAAAGGGGUCAUCGAGUCUAAGGGCUGGGAGAAGUGCGAUCGAUGUGGUGGACGCUUUCAAGUCUUUCCUGGUCGCCGCGAGGAUGGAGAAUUGGCUAGCGGAGGUCACUGUACCUAUCACCCAAAUCGUCCCGUUCACCCACCACGCAAGAAAACAGAUAGUGUCACUGGCUCUAGAGAGGCUUACUAUCCAUGCUGCACUGAAUCUGUGGGCACUUCUUCAGGCUGCACCAAAGCCAACAACCACGUUUUCAAGGUAUCAGAGGCCAAGCGUCUUGCAUCGAUUCUCCAAUUCGAAGAAACACCAGCACAGCCCGAUAAAGGGCCCCUAGACGCAGUGUGCUUCGACUGCGAAAUGGGCUACACAACCUUGGGCUUAGAGCUCAUACGUCUGACAGCAGUCAGCUGGCCGCAGGGGCGUGAUCUUUUGGAUAUUCUGGUCAGGCCUAUGGGUGAGGUGCUGGAUCUCAACUCACGAUAUUCGGGUGUUUUGCCUGAACAUUAUGCAUCUGCUAUUCCAUACGGCACCCCAGCUGCGGGUCAGCAGGAGAGUGAGAAAGAUACCAAGCCUAUGCAGGUUGUCGAUUCCCCUGCGGCAGCGCGAUCCCUUCUUUUCAAUUUUCUGCAACCCGAUACACCCUUAAUCGGCCAUGCAAUCGAGAAUGACCUGAACGCUUGCCGAAUCAUUCAUCCCACUAUUAUUGAUACCAUAAUCCUCUACCCCCACCCAAGAGGAGGUCUGCCUAACCGCUUGAGCCUCAAAUCUCUGGCACAUCGUUUUCUCGAACGUAACAUUCAAAUGGGAGGAGAUCAAGGUCAUGACUCAAAGGAAGACUCGAUUGCCACGGGUGACUUGGUGCGGGUGAAGGCAGGUGAAAUAUGGACGCGAUUGCAGUCGAAAGGAUGGAAGUUUUCAAAUCACAACCUGGUUGCACCUCCUGGUCAAGACGUCAAGAAUUUAAGAGAGGCCAUACGGGGAAUUGAAGGUGCAAAGAGAAAGAUUUCUAGCACCGCAUAG